AUGAUUAGCAAUGCAAAGAAAGAAGGAAAAAAACUAGACUGGAUUUUGUCUGACGAUUGGAAAAUUAUGCAAGAGUAUUGGGCAACACCAAGAGCCAAAGAAAAUAGCGAGAAGGCUCGUGCUUCUCGAAUGUCUGAUCGCAAUGGUUUAGAAACUUAUGAAAACCAUGUACAAGAAUGUUUAGGACAGCUCGAAUCUUCCGGCGAAGAGAAUGUGACAGCCGAAAAUCUUGACCAACGGAUUCUUUUUGYUUUACAUUCAUUUGUGCUUCUUGUGAUGUGUGUAGUGGCUGCUGCUGAUUCAUCUAAACAAGGUCAUGUCUUUGGACUUGGAGCCUUGCGCAACGAGGUUUUACCAGCUUUUGAGGCUUCGUCAAGUGCACAACACCCUUCUGAAGAACCAGAGAUGAUAACGCAACGGCUCGAAGAGGUAGAAGCAGAACUAAAACAAUGCUGUGAAGAGAAACAAGAAUUUCAGAGAAGAUUUGAAUGCAUGGAAAAAAUUGUUCAGUCUUUGGCAAAUCACAAUGCUUAG